UCGGGCAGGAGAACACCUGGAUCGGUCUGAAUGACAGGAUCGUGGAGAGGGACUUCCAGUGGACGGACAACACGGGGCUGCAAUACGAGAACUGGAGGGAGAACCAGCCAGACAAUUUCUUCGCGGGUGGUGAGGACUGUGUGGUGAUGGUGGCACAUGAGAGUGGGCGCUGGAAUGACGUUCCCUGCAACUACAACCUCCCCUAUGUCUGCAAGAAGGGCACAGUGCUGUGUGGUCCCCCUCCAGCCGUGGAGAAUGCCUCACUUGUGGGUGCCCGCAAGGCCAAGUACAAUGUUCAUGCCACUGUCCGCUACCAGUGUGAGGAAGGAUUUACUCAGCACCACGUGGCCACUGUCCGGUGCCGGAGCAAUGGCAAAUGGGACAGACCCCAGAUUGUCUGCACCAAACCCAGACGGUCACAUCGGAUGCGACGACACCAUCGCCACCACCAACACCACCACCAGCAUCACCACCACAAGUCGCACAAGGAGCGCAGAAAACACAAGAAACACCCCACGGAGGACUGGGAGAAGGACGAAGGGAAUUUCUGCUGAAGAACCAGGCAAAAGAAAGCACAGCCCCCUUCCCGCACCUCCUCUGGAGCCUUCACCUGGGAAGACGGAGCCCAGAGAGAAACGAGAAGGCCCAGAAGCCCCCAAACCCCCAGCUACCCCCCCCCCCCGGGCUCCUUUGUAAAAAAGCCCCUCUCUCCUCUUUCUUACAUUCACAAGGUCCUCUUGGCAGGUGUAGUCAUGUGUCUGAAAAGUCCAUUCUUGUCAGGGUGAGCUCUGGGAGCGUCUCCCAGCUGAGGGAAGCACAAAAUCAGCAAAGAUUCUUCUUUGCACUGAUCUAGUCUUGUUUGUCAGGCUGAUAGAAAUGAGGCUUUGAGGAGAGUGAAAGAGCGUAUGUUUGGAUUUACACUUAAGGAAUUACUCUUCAUACUAGAGAUUCAGGUUUAGUCAGUAUCAGUUGUCCUAAAUCCAGGAUAAAGCCUUUAGUUGCAGUCAUUGGCUUUGGGAGAAGGCUAAACAGAAGCACACAGCUUGAGCUUGGCCUCGGCUCUUCCUGCCCCCUGGAUUUCAGCCCAAGUUCAGCCUCUGGCUUUGGUGGGUACACAUAGGGUGGAACUUCCAUGUACUGUAGGAAUGUUUCUAGAAUAACCUCCCUCUGUGCCCUCAGAGUUAGGGGUGAGAAUAGGCAGAGCCAUAUGUAGGUGACAGAGGGAAACUAUAUUGCUAACCCUCUCAGGUCUAGUCCAGCACUGAGAUUUGGGAUUUCUGCACGUGUGAUGAAUCUUUCUCACACACGAAUGAGGAUUUUUAUAGGGCUAGAUGAGCCUGGAUUGAUUCCCCCACCAUCUCUCAGGGAGACAAAGAACCUCCUUCCUGGACCAAGGAGGUGCCAAGUUUUCUAGCCCAGUGCCCACACCCAUCCCUCAAACAGACAUUGGGAGUACCCCUGCCCUGGGUUCCACCCUUGCCCCCCCCACACCUGUCUCCAGCCAUUGCCUGGUGGACUAGAAAUACUUAAAACUUGAAUUAAUGACACCUACCUGCUGUCAUAUGGUACACAGAUGAGCAGUGGUAAAAUGUAAACACGUU